AAUUACAUAGCUAUCUCUAACAUUUACAUAGCUAUCUCUAACACUUAUCAUGUAAACACACUAUAAAAACUUGCUAAAAUUGAAGGUACAACUUUUGGAUAGUUAAUCCAAUCUUAUUAAUAAUAACAUAGAUUUAGAAGCUUCACUUGCAUAGACGAGCAGUUCCAAGUCUGAUUCUUUAGUUCUCUUCACAAUGUUAUUCUACUAACUCUGGCAUAUUUUUGAUAGUCGUCUUAAGUUCUCCCCUUAGAAACUCUUCAGUUAUCUACUUUAUAUAGGUCUAAAAGUUCAAUUUGUUACCUUUAGUAUGAGUAGACAAGACCUCAUGCUGAUGGCUUUCUGAUCCCACCUAAUUAUUAGACUUUUAACCAGUUACCAGUGCAUGGAACUUGCGAAACGUUGAUAUAUCUGAUCCUAUGUUAAUUUAGACCAUGGAAGAUUAUGUACACCGGAUUGGAAGGACUGGUCGUGCAGGAUCAACGGGCCGAGCUACUUCAUUUUACACUGAUCGUGAUAUGUAUCUUGUGGCACAAAUACGAAGAGCAAUUGCUGAUAUCGGUUCUGGUAAUGAUGUGACCUUUGCUAUGGGAAAGACUGCUAGAAGAAAGGAGAGAGAGGCUGCAGCUGCCGAAAAAGAAGCAAGGAGUACAUUGUCUAAACUCUCUUUAGUGGAGUCUGCGGUAAAUGUGGAGGAUAAAUAUAGGCACAUGAUUACCCCAGCGAUGAUCAAAAAGGAGGGAGCUGCAGAUGAUGCUUGGGAUGACUGAUGUUUGCUGUCAACAUCUUAUGUGCCUCUAUACUGAUGGAUUGAAGCAGUGGCAAGCCCGUGAAGCUACAAUGUGUGCUGCUACAAUGUUUGGGUGUGUAAAUCUGUAGUGCAAGAAACAUCUAACAUGGAAAAAAUAGAAACCAGAAAAUAUAUUAAGGAGCUGCUAGCCUCGACACCCUUUUUGUAUGUUGUAUUGGUGUUUUCACACGUGGUUCUUGUCAAUGAAGGGAACAUUGAGCACAGUUUGACAGGUAUUGAAAGUCAGGCGGGAAAUAGAGUUUCAUUUACGAGCAAAAAAAUGACUUUUGAAGUCUUAAUUCCAUUGUCUACAAUUUUGUUGUU